UAAAGAAAAGUGAAAAACAGGCGCAAACCAAAGAAAUUUUAAAAUCUUUGAACGAGAAGGCAGAACGGUCGUUCACUCUCAGGUCAUCACUCAUCGGAAAAUGGAUUUCAAAUGCUCCGAUUCCGGCCUCUGGGAAGAGGCUCUGUCGUCCUAUGACGCCCGCAUCGAGGCCCUGAAUAAGCCUAAUCUCCUCUCUCUCGACGCCUUCUACCGGAACGAACUCCCUCUUCUCCUCCGGCAACGGAACCCUAAUCCGUACCUCACCACUUCCGACCUCACCAAGCUCAUGCAAUGGAAACUCACACGAGGCAAAUGGAGGCCGAGGCUUUUGGAUUUCGUUUCGUCGUUAGACGACGCCGUAGUCAAAUCGGCUUCGCAGGCUGCAUUUCAGUCUCUUCCUGACGUCUCGAAAGCCGUUUCGGAGCUCACGGUUUUGAAAGGUGUAGGUCCGGCCACGGCCUCCGCUGUUCUGGCUGCUUACGCCCCUGAUGUUGCGCCAUUCAUGUCUGAUGAAGCGAUGCAGGCUGCGAUUGGGAACUCUAAAGAUUACACUCUGAAGCAGUAUCUAGUUUUUGUGGACAAGCUACAGGCCAAAGCUAAGGAAUUAACAGCAAUGGGGGUUUCAUUUACUCCUUCAGACAUUGAAAGGGCCCUAUGGAGUUGUGCUAUGGGUGUCAAGUUGAGUGCCUCAUCAAAGAAGCCAGGGGGAGAAUUGGAGAACAAGUCAAAAAGAAAGCGAAAGCGAUAACUUGGACCAUUCUAGUCCGCAUAAUUCAUGAAUUGUGUCAAUUGGUUUGUAUAGUGGUACCCAGAAGGUGUUUACUCAAACCUACCACAGGCAGUACUUUACUACUUGUGAUUUACCCAAAUCCUAUAGUAGGGUACCGAACCUUAUAUGAAUGGUAGGGUACUUUUUUUGAUUGGAAAAGAAUUAUGCAUUAAAGAUCCUGGAAAAGGGAAUCAGCUUGGUUGGCGUGAGUGGUCGUGCACUAUUGUCCCUUAAGAGAGGUCAAGAGUUCGAAUUCCCUCUCGUAUGAAAAAACCAAUUUGCGAGUAUGGUACGGGCUUAGAGGUGUUUCCUAGGACCGGCUCAGGACACCUCGUGGUCUGACUUAAAAAAAAACUUUGCCUCUUAAUUAGGCCGGCCCGGUGCGAAAGAGGAUUAGUCUGAGUA